UAACCCGGUUUGACAAAAAAACGUGUGGAAACUUAGCGGGGCAUCGCUAUGUAGUCAUUAAAACAGAGCCAACACAAACGUAAGAAUAAAAGACUGAGCCACAGCCUGUAGGAGUCGUAACCACCCAUCGUGUCAGGCUGGGAAUUUUGCACUUCUUUUUAGACAGCUGUUAUUUAGACAUGGAUUUUGACAAACCGAGACACAAUGGGAAUGUAAUCUUAAACACUAGCACUUAAAACACCUGGUAGUUCCAAAACUGCUUCGCAGCCAAAUUUUUCUUCAAAUAUUUUUCCAAAAUACACGCAAAAGGACAAGGACAUUCCUAAUUUGAUCUGGUUCCUCUCAUCUACAGCUGUCUCUAGAUGGUUGUUUUUCCACCCUCAGCAGCAAAAGGCACAGGCUCCACCCUCCAGUUCUGGCUGAUUGAGAACAUCCUUCCUUCCUCUCGGUCUCCCAGGCUCAGUGGUACCCACUCCUCGCGUUACCCUCAACCCUUGCAGCACAGGCUUCAGGACAGGGCUUGCUCAGUCUGCGUUGUCCCUGUGAGGUGGGGGAUGUGAGUGAGGCACAGUGUGAGCUCCCUGUGGCCUCCCUCCGGUUUUGCUGCUCUCCAUCCUCUCAGUUUUAGGAGAAAGAGUGCCCAGAGGCUGAUGAGCACAUGCAGCUGCACACAAAGGUCCUUAUGGCAGAGGACGACAGCGGCAUCCUCGGGGCAGUGGGUGCCCAACAAGGCGAGAUCUAAGAAGCAGGAGGAGUGGUUGUAAUCCAGCAGUGCCCACGAGAAUAACAUCACCUCCUUCUUCACCAGUCCAAAGUCCCACCAGAGUCUUUGCUGGUAGAGAGGCCUUGGUGCAGCUGUGCCUAGACAAGAGGAGGACAAGAACUGUGCUUGUCAAACCACCUCAGCUCCUCGCACAGGAAAAGCUUUCUGCCAGAAUGCCAGCUGCAAUGCCAUCCUACUCUGCUGACCCAGACUGGGGCAUUCUCACCGUGAGUCGGGUGCUGUGACAAAAUGCCGAACAAAAUGCCCAUUUCCCCGAGCAGAGAAAAUCUUGAUUUCCCAUCUUAAUUCUCCUUUGUUACCCUUGUGAAAUCAAGCUGCCCAGCCCCUGCUAGCCUUGCUCUAGACUUGCAGAGCGGCUGCCAAGGCUUUGCUUUCCUGUGCAAGCCACCUCACACUCCCCCAAGCCCACACGAGGGGCGAAGCAGCAGGAGAAGGAGCAGAAGACAACCACAAGUCACUGGGGUUAAAGCAGCCAGGAGAACCCCAAGGCAGAGGGCGAUGAUCAUACAGACCAUACCCAUGCUUCAAAGUCCUGCACAGCUCCAAAGAAGAGCCUGGAUCCAGGAGAUUACUGGUAAAGGUGGUCCUUGGCACAGAACUCUUCAAAGCCUUUCGGACUACCUGGAACAAGGACGGCUGUGGGAAAGAGCCCUGAAGGUUUCCAGGGAAGACAGACCUAAGGAUGUUCUGGAUCUUCUGUGUUACAGACCAAAGGAAUAUGGAUUCUUCAAACUGUACUUUAAAAAUCAACUUACAGCACUAGUAAAAAGAUGAUAAAGCUAGAUGCUAAUCUUUACAUCAAUCAGGUUGUGCUAUGCCUGGAGCUCAUUUGCCUUGCAAAUACUCUAUUGUUGCAUUCUGUGUCCCUCCCUACUCACUUAAAUGAUUAACUCCACCCCAGAAAAGAACUUUUGUAGAAACUUCUGGAGGAGAGACGGAUCCUGCCCCUCCAACCAUGGGGCCUGUAAGCUACUCAUCAGAGACCUAUGACUUGAGCCAGGUGGAGCUGAGUGGUUACUACGAAGCUGAGAACACCACCCCUUCUUUGGAGGGCUACUUCUGCUUCAACCCAGCCUCAUCUGUGGUUGGCAACCAGGGAGACCCCUUCAGAAAGGUCUUCAUGCCCCUCAUCUAUCUGCUGAUGUUUGUGCUGGGGACUGUGGGCAAUGCCCUGGUCCUGGUCAUUUUAGAGAGGUUCAAGCGGUCUCGCACCACCACAGAAAACUUCCUUUUCCACCUCACACUGGCCAACCUGGCACUGUUGCUCACCUUUCCAUUCAGCGUGGUGGAGAGCUUGGCUGGGUGGGUAUUCGGGAAGUUCCUCUGCAAGAUACUCAGUGCUGUCCACAAGAUCAAUUUCUACUGCAGUAGCAUGCUGUUGGGGUGUAUUGCGGUGGAUCGUUACCUGGCCAUCGUCUAUGCAAUCCACACCUACCGCAAACGCAGAGCUCGCUCCAUCCACCUCACCUGCACGGCUGUCUGGCUCUGCUCAUUGCUUCUGACUUUACCUGAUCUCAUCUUCAUGGAAGUCUGGACAGACGACAGCAACCGCAGCAUUUGCUACUUUCCAGAGGUUGGGAUUGAUGGCAACAAUGCAUGGCUGGCAACCCGCUUCCUCUACCACACCGUGGGCUUCUUUGUGCCUCUGCUGGUCAUGUGUUACUGCUACAUGGCCAUCAUCCGGGCACUGUGUCAGUCCCAGCGCCUGCAGAGGCAAAAAGCCGUCCGUGUGGCCAUCCUGGUCACAGGCAUCUUCCUCCUCUGCUGGAGCCCAUACCACAUUGUCAUCUUCCUGAACACACUUACCAAGCUAGAAGCCUUCACCAAGAACUGCCUCCUGGAAGACCAGCUGGACACAGCUAUCAUGGUGACAGAGGCCAUCGGCUUCACACACUGCUGCCUCAACCCCAUCCUCUAUGCCUUUAUUGGGGUCAAGUUCCGUAACGACUUCUUCCGGAUCCUGCAGGAGCUUGGCUGCAUAAGCCAGGAGACCCUGCAGGAGAUCCUGGAGGUGACAAGGAAGGCUAGCGGGAUAGAGUCUGACAACACCACCUCCAUCUCCACCUUCUAGCUGGGAAAGGCUGCCUGCAGGGCAGAACUGGCCUGGGGCUUUCCUUCCCAGUGGCACCCUUGCUGCGGUCUCAGUUACAAGUUUCACAAGCAUCCCCACAACUUUCUUCACUCCUCAGGAAACAGGUCCAAUAGCCACCAAACACCCAAAUCCCAUCGGAUACCUUUCUAGGCUCUUCCUGGUUCUCAUACUUGUAGAGAUCCACCUGGCAGCUGUUGGUGAAUGCUGGAUGUCGAUGGUCACUCUUGUGGGGCUGAAUGAACUCGAGUGGGUUGAACCUGACAUUCCCACCUCUUCCUCGAAAAACUGACUGCAGGCAUCUUGUGCACAAAGCCAGGCACGGGACUGGGGUGCCAGGGGCAAGGAAAAAAGGGCAUCCAAGUAAAUGAGUCAUGUCAGUAAGCAGGUCUCCAUUUCACUAGUUCAGGUUGGUAUAGACAUGCCCAAAGGAAGCCAUGGGACUCAGUGGCCAUAGCAACUGGAGAGAUGCAGGUAGGACUGCAGAGGGGGUCUGCAGAGCUCAAUCUGAUAGCAUGGACACACAGUGCUGGACACUCUCUGACCGCAACAUUGUCCUCCUGCUGCGUGACGUCCCCCCAGCCAGCCAUAACACAUUCAUCUUCCCAACACAGCUCAUGCCAGGAGGUCCUCCCACAGACUUCAAGAUUUGACUGUCACAGACUCCUUUCCUGACACCAGUUGCAUCCUUCCACACUCGUUUGAUCUGUUUUACUGCUGUUAUGAUCUCCUGUGAGUGGCUGCUGAACUGAAUGCCUGGCUAUGCAAAAGUUUUCCUUUAAGGAAGAACACUGUCUGAAGAGAUGGCUUCUGUCUUGUGACUGCACGCAGGGGAGAGAAACCACACAGCUUUGUAAGGCUGAAGGUACAGAACGUGGGGUUUUUUGGCAGCUAGUUGUAUGGCUGUUUGUGGGUUCUGAGAGCAAGGAGACCCACUGCCCCAGACUAAGGGAAAGCGCUCAUUUGCAUAAUUUCUCUUUGUUUUUAGCAAGGCUCUAGAGGAUAUGUGGCAUUUUGCUUUGCACUAUGCUUUCUGAUAGUUUUCCUCCACCUGCAUCUACAGGGCUUUCAGAGAUUAAGUGCAUCCAGGUGUACGGAGGACAAACCUGGGUGGUGAUCUUGCCCUGAACUGCAAGUAUGCAGAAACUGCUCAGAUAAGGGCAGCUUGAUGAUAAUUUGGUUCAAAAUAAGAGCAGCAGCUUUCCCCAUCACUAAUUCUUACCCUGCAAACUGGUGUGUGGGGAAGCCCCAGCAGACUCAAGACAGCCUGCUGCUGCCUAGGAGGUCUUGUCACAGUUUCACAUGGCAGCGGGCCCACAACACUGCUCCACGACAUUUGUUCCUAAGGAGUGCUGUGGCCUGAACAUACAUACCAAUGUCACAUGAGCACGACCCUCAUCACGAGCACACUUUAAAAUCUGCUCUACCCUUCACCUCACAUUUUAAGCAAUGUCGAAACAAUGUUAGUUCUCUUGCAGCAGCAGGAAUUUUGUGCUAAUCUCACUUCUGAAGUUCAUCCCACUAGCAGAGAGCUCGGUCCCAGGUGAACUUCACAGUACUCAAGGGCCCUGCUAAAAAGACCAGCCAUUAUGGAAGGGGUCACAUUACCUCAGCCUGACGCAGGCAGAGAUCUCAAUAUCUUGAUCUCACAUUGUGACUUCAGGAGAAAACUCACCUAGUAUAAGGCAGUCCACUGUUUCCUGCAGCAACGCAUCUUCAAAGACGAAAUUUUCAAGUAAUGGUGAUUGUGGUUGUUCAAGCACAUACAUGCAGCAGAGAAGGGCAAGUCUCUCAAGCCUGCACUCGUGUUCUCCAUCGUUGUACCAGUGAGCAAACCCAUUGCAGAUGCAUUGUAAACACCUCCCCAGCAGGUUAUGGUGAUAAUUGUAUUUCUACAUGAAAAUGUUACUGAAAAAAAUAACAGUCAAAGUAUAAAAUUCUUACAGUGAUCACAAAAUAAAAAAAUCUGCACGCAAAUGAGAGUGAACAGAUUAAACAUCUAUGGUUACUAUAGCUUUUAGCACUGGUGUGUGCAAACCUUUAGGAGGGUUUGAGGUAAGCUAUAAUAAACAGUUGAAUAAAA